AAGAUCUCCCUCCGUUUUCUAGGGUUUCUCUCCCUGUUUUCAGGGUUUCAAUUCGCCGUCUUCUUUUGGCCAAUUUUGCUGCUGUUUCUCGUCCUCUGUAGAUUCAUGGAAGGAAGAGACGUCGAUCGAUUGAAUAUCGGGGUAACACAACUUGAUUUGGAUGAAGAACAAGAGGGGCUUUCGUUUCUUCCUAACGGUGGGGCGCCGACUACUGAAAUUAGCUUGCACACUUGGACGAUUGAUGGUCGAUUUCUCACAGAUAAGGUUAUCAAGUUUGACAUAAUGCAAAGGGUUAUGGCUGCCGCUUGGAAACUAGCGUUAGGGGUGCGAAUUGUGCAAAAGGAUGAUAACCUAUAUCUCUUUCACUUCUUCCAUAUGAAAGAUGCGACCCGAAUCAUUGAAGAGGGUCCAUGGUCAUUUGAUAAUGCAACAUUAGUGAUGAAACUCCUUAGUCCAGGGGAGGUUGUCGAGGCAAAGGACCUGAACUUGGUUCAGAUGUGGGUGCAAAUUUAUGACCUUCCAGAUGGGUAUACUUCGCUGGAAAUUUUAGAGGCGGUGGGGGAAUACCCUUUUGAUGCAUCUCUCCGGGCAGGGGGGAGGAAAAAGGAUACUAGUUAUGGUCUACAAUGGUUGCGCUUUGACAAUCCUUUAUUGGGGGAAGGUGCAGGAUCUUCGGUGUUGGCUGCUACAAAGAGUAACUCACAUGACGAGGAUGGCUUGGAAAUUGCCUCAAAACGAAAAAGGGGCUUGGAUGACGUGAUUGUGGUUCCUUCGAGGGUGGAUACAACCAUGACAGAUUUCCCAAAAAACGUGCAGGCGGCAGGUUAUGGGUUCCAGGCCCGCCGAGAGCAAUGAGUAUCAUUAGUUGGAACUGCCGCGGGCUGGGUAACCUGCGGACAGUUCAGGAAGUGGCGGAGCUCGUCUUCGCGUAAAAGCCUGAUUUUGUUUUUAUAAUGGAAACUAAAGGUGCUCGUGAUAAGGCCGAAGUUCUUCGUGCUAAGAUUGGUUUUGAGGGAUUGUUUGCGGUGGAUAGUGUUGGUGCAAGUGGUGGUUUGGCGUUACUCUGGAGGUCAAACCGCUCGGCUAAUCUCAUUAG